AUGUAAAUAAACGAAAAAAUAAGUGAUCUAAUUCAAGGUCUUCACGACGAUUAUAAUAAUAAUAAAGACAUAAAUUUGAUAAAAGUUAAAAUUACUCAAAUUAAUUAACUUUUAUCUGAGCUUGAAUAAGAUCAUUAUGAUUAUUAUGAAUACUUAAAGUAUUAAUAAUCUGAAAUAUGUGAAAUCAUAUUUGAGCGCUAAAAUGAUUAAAGGAGUGUGUCUUAAUAUUAAAAGUUGAAGAACUUUCAUUUAAGUGGUUACUAGUAAUAUUAAAAACUUAAUGAUAAUAAUUAAAGUAUUUCUCAGUAAACUUAAAGUUACGAUAGUUUAGAUUAAUUGUAUAAUUCAAACUCUUUAGAUGUGACUUAAGCUUUCUUUCCAUUCACCAAAAGUACCAAAAGUGAAAUAUUAAAUGAAGAAGAAUAUAAUUAAGUAGUUAAAAAGUAAUAAUUAUUAGCUUAAGAGCUUGAGGGUGAGGAUGAUUAAAGCAAUAAUAAUUUAACAAAUGAGAUUUAAAAUGAAUUAGAAAAUAAUUAAUAAGGAAUUAGAGCUCUUGUGUAACUUCAAAAUAAAUAAGCAGAAACUCAUGAAUUAGGUAUUAUGCUGAAUGGUAUAGCUAGAAUUGGUAUAAAAGAAGCUGUUACUGUGUUAAAUAUCGCAAAAGGUGCAACAAUUUGGGGUGGUUUAGUAGUAGCUACAGGAGUGGCUGCUUUUGAAGCUGUUGUCCUACUUAAAAAAUAUUAUAAAUUUAAAAAAGAAAAUAAAGAUGAAGGAUAAAGAUAAAUAGCAAAGGAAAUGCUUAUUAAAUAGUUUAAAAGUUUAGGUAUCAAAACAUUCUCUAAUAUAGGAUUAACUACAGCGAGUGCAAUAGGAGGAUCAAUCGUUGGAUCAUGCAUAGUACCUGUAAUUGGAACUUUUGUAGGGUCUCUUUUAGGAAUAAUUGUAGGAACAAUUUUAAGUUUUGUUGCUGAUUCAUAUAUGUAAAAUUCUAUGCUAAGUGAGAAAAAGCUUAUUGAAGAAUGUGAAAAGGAUCUUGGACUUGAAGAAUAUAAAAAAUUUAAUUAACAAAAAUAUACGAAGGAAGAAGUAGAAAAAAAAUAUAAACAGUAUGUGAAAGAGUAACAUCCUGACAAAUAUCCACAAAUUGGAUUAAAGAAAUUAUAAAGAUAUAAAUUAUAAAAAGUUUAAUUUGCAUAUGAAAUGAUAAAAUAACAUAAUAAUUGGAAUUGA